AUGGCUUCUCUCUGGGCCGAAGCACUCUUCUACGGAUCAUACCUCGUACUCUUCGGAGUCUGCAUCUGUAUCUACGGGUAUCAGCGCUUCAGCAACAGACUCUUGACGGUUGCAGUAUUCAUGUUUGUCUUGGCCACCGCACACGCCCUUGUGCAAUUCUCCCAGUUCCUGUCCACGUAUGAAGUGGUGACGGAGAGUGUCUGCGUCGGAUUCACAUGCUCAGCGUGCUACCACGGCGACGAGACACGAGCACGCCAGCUCAACAUUUGGAACAGGCUGCAGCCCGUGUCCCAGGCCCUGCUAGUCACGAACCAACUCAUUGCUGAUGGUUUGCUGAUUUACCGAUGUUAUAGCGUAUGGCAAUCAAAGUUCAGGAUCAUCAUGCUUCCACUCUUAAUGGUAGCUGCCACUGCCGUAUCGGGAUACAUUCAAGCCAAUAUACUCAACCAGUUGUACUUGAUUAGACGUGAUACCCCUCUAGACCAGGCGACUCCUCCUCCCGAUUGGCGCCAUCUGCAAAAUUUGCAAAGCUCGUUGAGCGAGACCUACAUGGCAUGCUCGCUCGCAACGAACAUCGUUGUCACUACCCUCAUUGCGGCACGCAUAUGGUGGAAGUCACAUCAGGUGCGGACCACGCUGGGGCCGCAAGCUGGCAGAUCACGCUCUGCUGCAAACCUCGUAAUUGAAUCUGGCGCGCUAUUUUCCGCGUCCCUUCUAGUGUGGUUGAUCAUGCACGCGCUUUUGCCAAAUAAAUACGAGUAUAUCGCAGGCGCAAUCAGUAGCCAGAUGGUGGGCAUCGUACCGACCUUGAUCAUCGUGCGUGUAGGCCUCGGCAAAAGUAUCGACAAGACGGCCCGCAUUAUCGAAGUGGAGCUACACAGCCCGAUAUCACCAAGUCGCACAUCACGCUCUGUGCGCUUCAGCAUGUACGGACCAGACAGCCCAGACGCAGAGCGCCAGGACCCGCCGCCCGUUCCUGUCAUGAAGGCCCGGCAUAUGAGCGUCAGCACCAUUAAGCUCCCGGAGCCACCGAAAGUCAGGGAUCGGUCGGUGUAUGAUUAGGCGGAAGGAGAGAAGUCAAAUGUGAACCAGCCUUGAAGGCGAAUUCGAAAUGUUGUACUCAGGAAUCACACUCGUUCAGUUAGGAUCGUUUGGUUAUUGGGAUAUUGUCCUUUAUUACAUGGCGGACCUGGGGUUACAUACACGCGCGGCCUAGCGGCUCCCCGUUGAACCAGGAACUUCAAUACUACAGAACAGACCUUUAUCCUCC